AUGAAUUUUGAUGCAUAAACUAUGUUAGCGACUCAAAUCGGUAAAAAAAGGAUAAUUGAAUUAAAUACUUAUGAGCAAAACUCAAUAACAGUUUUAAAUUACAAGAAAACUUUAGCACUUAGAAUAAUUGAACUCUAAAGAUCGAUACACAAAGAUUUUGGAAAUUCAGAUUAAAAAUUUUGA